CUGAAUCCUCCUGCACCCUUUCGCUUGUCCUUCUCUUUCAGAGCGAGCCCGGGAUUACCUGCACAAGACCGGACGCUUCAUUGUCAUCGGUGGCAUAGUCUCGCCUGUGCACGACUCCUAUGGAAAGACGGGUCUGGUCUCAAGCCGGCACCGCCUGACCAUGUGCCAACUGGCUGUCCAGUCAUCUGACUGGAUCAGGGUGGACCCUUGGGAGUGCUACCAGGACACCUGGCAGACCACUUGCAGCGUGCUGGAGCACCACCGUGACCUGAUGAAGAGAGUGACUGGCUGCAUCCUCUCCAACGUCAACACACCCUCCAUCACCCCUGUGAUUGGCCAGCCCCAGAAUGAGUCAUCGCAGACCAUCUACCAGAACAACAACAAUGUCUCCAACAAGCCCACUGCAGCAAAGAUCCUGGGGAAGGUGGGAGAAAGCCUGAGCCGGAUUUGCUGUGUCCGCCCACCCAUGGAGCGCUUCACGUUUGUGGAUGAAAAUGCCAACUUGGGGACAGUGAUGAGAUACGAGGAGAUCGAGCUUCGCAUUUUACUGCUCUGUGGCAGUGACCUGCUGGAGUCCUUCUGCAUCCCCGGUCUCUGGAACGAGGCAGACAUGGAGGUGAUUGUUGGGGAGUUUGGAAUCGUAGUGGUGCCUCGGGAUGGAGCAGACCCUGACCGGAUCAUGAACCACUCCUCCAUACUCCGCAAGUACAAAAACAACAUCCUGGUGGUGAAGGAUGACUCAAACCACCCCAUGUCCAUCGUCAGCUCCACCAAAAGCAGACUGGCCCUGCAGCAUGGGGAUGGACACGUCGUGGAUUACCUCUGCCAGCCCGUCAUCGACUACAUCCUCAAGAGCCAGCUCUACAUCAAUGCCUCCGGCUAAGUGCCAGAGGUCGUGCAGCAAGACAGUCCUCGUGUCCCACCUGCCUACAGCUCUCCAUCACUCUUUUAUCUCUCUCUCAGUCCGUGUCUCCAUCUUUCUCCUCAUCCCAUGGCCUCCUGCCCGUGUCUGCCUCUCACCCCCGGCGCCAACGCUCCAUUGUGCAGCAAUGUCCAGGGAACCGCAGCACGGCCCCAAAGGGAAUGGUUUGGUCUCUUUUUUUGGGGAACCACCCUCCCCCUCAUAUGUAUGGAGGGAGGGGGGACCAGUAAAAGAGCGAUGUGCUUGGUGUGGUUGAGGGGAAGUGGCUCCAGCACCCCCCUCCCAGCAUGUCACUGGGAAGUGGUCGUCCCCCCCCCGGUCUGUCCUCCCAGCAUGCUCAGAGCAGGGGCUUCCUCUUCUGCAUCAUCUUACAGUACUUAUGCUCAAUAAAUCUAGGUGGACUUCUUUUUCUUAAAUAGUUUUAGUAUGAGCCUGUUGGGCCUCUCAACACAAUGACCAAAUGAAUCCUGGUUGGCAGAGGCCAGUUGUAACCAAAUGGUUCAGUGCCCCGCUGCAGGUCAACCUCCUCAGGCCAGCAGUAGGACAAUGCAGCUAACAAAAUCCUCCUCCUGGCUCUGAAAAAUCACGGAGAGGGCAUUACUGAAGGGCAGCAGAUGCCUUGGCAAGCACUGCUGUCAAAGCAUUAGGGGGGAUGUCACAUCUUGCUUUUUCUCAGCUGCUAGUGAACCCAAGCCACCCCCUAGGCAAGUGGAGUUGGAGGCAGUGUGGGAGGGGGCCCACAGCACCCAGAAAGGGAUCUGUCAUUUAUGAAGCCAAGAAACAAGAGAGGAAGAAGUAGGUGGUGACCCAAGCCUCUGGUGAGAAUUUGCCCCAAACCUGGCUGAGCUUUGUGGGGGCUGGGUCCAUCCCCAUCCUCUAGCCUCCAGAUCUCCAUUUCUGUCUGUAAACUUCCCCCUUCUCCCUCCACUCCUACCCCCUUCCUCUCCUUGAAGAGUUUAUUAAAUGCAUGAUGCUUUUCCCCUCCCAAACUGGCUGUGGCUACUUUGCACAUCCCUUGGGACAUGCCAGGUUCCUGCUCUCCUGCCUGUGACAUGACCCUGGAUGCCAGGGAUGGAGCCUAGUGGAGAUGCUCACAUUAAAAGCAGGUCAGGCAACAUGGAGCAAAAGAAAAUUAAGUCCUGAAGAGAGCACAGUUGCUGAAGCAGGUCAUUGUCCUACUGAGCACCCUUAGGGUGCAAGGACCCUGCACAGCCCCUGGGAAAGGUCACAGCCACAAGGAGGAAGGUACAGUCCUGCUUUACUCCUCACCUUUUCCUCUGUCUAACCUUGUAUUGCCUUGGGUAUAGCCCUGCUGCCUAUAGCUCCUGGACAUCUGGCCACCCCCCACAAAUCUGGGCUAACUAGGCUCAGGUUAGCCCCACCACCACCCUCUCCCAAAGCACGACCAUUGCCCAUGCUGGCUUUGUGACUUUCCUAGGGCAGUGCUAUGACUAGCUGCUGGUCCCCAGCAAGGGACAGAGUUGUGCUGAGACACCUGAAGGCUGAGAGUCCUCCAGGGUGUUUCGGGAAAAGAUCUGAAAUUACUCUUUUUUUUUUUUUUUUUUUUUUUUUUUUUUUUUUUUUUCUUGAACGUCUGCAAAGGGUCACACACAUGCUGCUCUCAUGGAAGCUCCAAAGAUGAGACAUUGCACUAAAUUUGGUGACCCGAGGAGUGCUGCUGGUGUGUCUAUAACAGCAAGCAGUUUUGGACAAACAAGGUAGCCUGCAGCCACAGGCUCCUUGCAGUGGGCAGGGUUUUAUGAGCAGUACCUAACAACUUCUCAAGGAGGGCACAGCCCUUCCCAGAAGGGAAAGCAAUAGUCAGAAGUGAUGUGACUUGCCCAAAGGCCAGAAGAGGUCUGUCUUUCCUUACCAGGGAUUUCCCUCUGCAUGGAGAGGCUUGUUCAGGACCUGUCAUAAAUUCAGCAGCUGAACCCCUCCCUCAGAACCAGCUCUGACACCUCCAGGUGGUUGUACACAUAUUCUGUGAGGUGAGGAGAUACAGAGGUGCCAAAGCAGAGAGGGUGGCAAGAGGGUGUGGGACUCAGAGUGCAGGGAUGUUUCUUCUCCAGGGAAGUUUUCAGCCAAUUCAAGCUGCUCAUCAACACCCUACUGAGCUUCCUUAGCUAACAUGCUGCACAGGUGCCUGUGCAGGGACAUCUCAUCCAUGAGACACCCAACAUAUGUAAACCAGGAGCUACACUCGUCUCCACUUGUUGUUCUCACAUGUUCAGUUUUUCAGUCUCUCCUCCCUCUCCACCCCAACACAGAAGUUAUUUCAGACAACAGCCUCCUCUCCUUGCCAGAUAUCACCCAUGUUUCUUAGCUCCAAGCUGGAGGAGAAAAAGCAAUGGUAGCAACGAGCCUCCAAAACACACACACACAGGGAUUUUAACCUCCUGGGGGAACGGUGCUUCUUUGAAGGGAGAGGAAGGACAGUGGGUUUUAACUGAGGAAAAGACACAGGGAAAUAAAACAAAGGAGAUGGAGAAGGAUGGCAGGCGGCGUGUCCAAGAGCUAUCUCAGAACCUCCCUCCCUCCCUCAGGUACACAAGAUGGGACACAGGGCAUCCCAUUACAGUUAGGAUGGCAUGCCUUAGAGAUGUAGCGUUGUGGUACGGAUGAUGAGUAUAUUCUGUCUUAUUAGUCUUACCUGCACCUUUGUGUAUCUGCUCAGUAAAACUCACAGUAUGGGGUGGUGGGAUGGGGGGGUUGUAACAGGUUGUUCAGUUCUGGGACUGGUUUGGAAAAUGUCUUUGAGUGGGUAUGGAAAAAAAAAAAAAAAUCCUUGAAGAUCCAUAUGACCUCCAGAGAGGUGAGGACUGGGGUUUCCAGGGUGCAAGGGAGGGGUGGGAAGGAGCUCAUGGGUUUUGGUCUUUGAACCUCCACUUUUAAACAGUGCAAUUUGUUGAAAAAUAAAUUAACUUCAAACACCUUUUGGAAAACAAAACA